AUGCUAGCACAUAUAUGGUUGUGUAUCCUAGUGGUUUCGGCAAGUUCUGUGCUGGUGAAGCUUCAUGCUGAUUGGCCAGAGGCACCUUUCGCCCUCCAGCUCAUUGAAGCUGUGAGCUCUUACAACGAGUCGCUAUAUGCUCAAGCAGUGAGAGCGUUGUACCAAAGAGAGACUGAAGCAGACGAUUGGGACGAGGACGAUGAAGAAGGGUUUGAAGCUAAUCAGGAAGAUGAAGGUGAACAAGCAGCCCUCACAGACAAAUCGUACUACGAGGCAGUGACCGGAAACUUACUGCCUGUCGCUAAGGGUAUGGUCGAUCUCAACUUGGUAAAUAAGAUCUAUACGCCGAGAAUUGUGGCUCAUUACAAGCACUACGAGCGUGAAGUUGAGCCUUCAUUGGGAUCAAUUGAAAAGCAAUGUGCUAAGGAUUCGUUUGGGAAUGAAAUUACUGAUCCCCUGGCUUCUUGGGUGAAAUAUGGAAACAAAAUUUACUGUUCUGAUGCGGAUUUGUACGCAUUGCAGCUCUCAAAGGUAUCUGAAAAGACGUUAGAAUUCGAUAGAGUCGUUGGAGAAGCUUCGAAGAAGCCAUUGCUUGUUUUGUAUGGGGCACCAGAGUCACCUAGAUUUCAACUGAUGUUCGAGACGUUGUAUCAAUUUUCCUCUUCGGAUAAGCUUAGAUUCACGUGGAGGUACGUGCCUCUGGAAGGUUACAAAGAUCGUGCUAGUAUUCCUGGCUAUGGUGCAGUGAUAACGCCUAAAGAAGCAUUGAACGGAACAAAAAAAAAUUCCAAGGUGAAGUAUAAUGGCGAUCUCCUGAAGUUCCUUGCUGAUGUUAAACAAGAAGGGAAGCCUUUGAGAGCUCUUGAUAGUGACGAGUAUCACGACUUAUCUGUUAAGAUCACUGCUUUGAUUCUUGAGCAGCCAGGGUCGGCCAGAUAUGGGCUUCUUGAGGAGAUCUUGAACAAUUUUCCUCUUUACGCACCAUACCUCAAGCUUAUAAACAAUCCAGUGAACUUCGAAACAGUGAAGUCCGUUGCUAGACUGAAUGAGAAGAAAGGAGCCUCAGAAGACUCCGUGGGUCUUUAUCUAAAUGGUGCUUCAGUCCAUAAGCUUGAGAUGGACCUCCCCCACGUUGUGAAAAAAUUGAAAACGGAGGUCGAACUUAUCCACAAGAUGAACAUGCUAGGCUUUACUACCGAACAAAGCAAGUUGCUCUUCUCAAAGUAUGCGCUUAUGAGUGCUUUCAAGGAAGUGCAAUAUAGGAGUGGUGAUCGUGAGAACAGAUAUGCUAUCUAUAAGCACGAAUACGAUGCCAGUGACCCUUCUUCGGGCGGGCUCGUCUACUUCAAUAACAUCGAGAAAGAUGAUCCUUAUGAUCUUUACGAUAUCAAUAGAAAAGAAGCUUACUUGGGAAGAGAAGCCAGUAUGCUUCAGUUUGGACAGGUCCCACCACUAAGAGAAAACGCCCACGAGUUGGCCUUUGCCAUUCACUUUUCGAGUUCGAUUCAGGUGAAAGUGUUCUUUACUUUUGCAAAGAUCAUACUUGACAGAAACCUUCCCCAACAGGUCGGUGUCAUUCCGCUCGUCGAAUCGGAUGAGGAUGAGAAAGUUGCUGAGAAAUUCUAUCAUAUCCUCAGUGUGAGUGAUGCGAAAGAAGCUUUUGCAUUAUUAUAUCAAUAUUACGAAGCUGGUACGGAGGCAGAAAAGCAAGCCGUUCUAGACAAAGUCGAAGUCUCUGAAGAGUCCAAAGGAAAAUUCAAAAACUAUAAGAGAACUGUUCGGGAAUUUUCUCUUGACGCACCUUCUGUCAUAGUCAACGGGGUCAUCCACGAUAUGAAAUCGCCUUGGCAGACUGCCAUGACUAAGCAGAUGGGUAAUGAUGUUCGAUUGUUGCAACAAAAAAUUAGAAAUGGCGAUGACACUGGAAAACCCUUGAAAGCAGUUCUUUUUCAGGACUCCAAAGACACCAGAAACUCUCGCGUGUCACCAAAAGAUCUUAGUAACAUCAGGUAUAAAGAGAUUUCGAGUCAUUUACUUGAGAACUCUUACUCUUUCAGAAAGAUAAAUAAACUUAAUGAUGCUCCAGGAACAUUCUGGCUUAUUGGAGAUUUCAAUUCCAAAAUCAUUUUGUCACAGUUCGCUAAGCUCCUAGAGGUCCUUGAGACCUAUGAAGAUAAGUCUUUGGAGAUAAGGGUAUUCAGUAUUUCCGAGGAUAAUUCGUUGUUGAUCAACUUCUUUAAUAAGUACGGCAAGGCGCCCUUGACGGACCAUUCUAUUGAAAAACUCAGGGCCGAGACACUUAAAGCAAAAAGCAAAUUUUACACGAAAAUUCUGCCUAGUCAAGCAAGGCUUCUUGAGCAGCAUCAGAUUCAAUUGCAUCAGGCGGGAAUGUUGUUCAACUCUAGAUACUUCAAGUUGACGGAAGUCUUUGAACCAAAAGAGCUCAUUGAGUUGAUUGAAUUUGAACAAAGGAGACGUCUCAGCAUCUUUAAAGAUUUGACUGACGCUUAUCCUGACAUUUUUAGGUGGAAAGGUAUCAUGCACUUCAAGAAAAGUGGAUAUGAUGACUUUGCCUGGUUUGAUUUGGUAAGCUCAGUUGUCGCGAGAUCAUUCUUCCUUGAAGACUCACAGUUUCAAGCUGACGUUGACCGCUUCGAUUUCUCGUCUCUCGACUUUACCAACGCUCUUAACAUUACAGAUCAGAACCCUAUGAAGUUUGUGGAUGUUCUAGCGAUCGUUAAUCCCUUAACUGAUGCGUCUCAGAAAAUUGUGUCAAUCAUAAAGUCUUUAAAAGAUUUGCUGUUUGUGAAUGUGCAAAUCUUGAUGCAACCUCUAGAAGCUGUGCCUGAAUCGAAAAGUGUUGAUAGAUUCUACUCCUCGGCAUUUGAAACAUCGCUUCCUAGAUUCAAUGAUCAAGGAGCAUUUAUUGGCCUGUGUCACGCAGCUGCUUUUGAUGCCCUUGUGAGCUCCACCAAAUACUCAUCUGAACUAGAUACUCCUUCGAGAUGGCUUUACGUCAAAGGUUCUAUUGGUGAUUUAGAUCAUGAUGAGUUCGAGCCCGGUAGUGUACAUGAGUUGAAUUACACCUUGGACAGUUUGAUUGUUGAAGGGUAUGCUAAGGAUGUUAAAACAGCUCAGUCCAUCGCAACACUAACAUUGGAGGUUACAAAUGGCGAGGCUGUGUUUGAUGCCAUUGUGAUGCAUACACUAGGAUACGUUCAGUUUCAACUUAAACCUGAUGUGUGGAACCUAGAAAUCCAGAAGGGCUCUAAAGGAAGACAAAUCUACAAUUUGCUUUCUGCCAGUGACAACAAAUACGAUGUUAAUGACUUGCCGCUUGAACGCACGGAGUUGGCUGUUUUCUCAUUACAUGGCAACGUAAUCCAUCCAAGACUCCAAGAGAAAUCAGAGAAGGAGAUUGCUAGAGCCAAGAAGGAAGUUUCAGUCGGGAAGAAUGCCGAUGUCAAUGUUUUCUCGCUUGCCAGUGGUAAGUUGUACGAGAGGUUCUUGUCUGCAAUGAUGGUAUCCGUGAAGAAGCACACAAAGUCAACAGUCAAGUUCUGGCUUCUUCGCAAUUUCUUGAGCGCCGAAUUCGUUAACCGACUUCCCAUACUCGCAGACAAUUACGGGUUUGAGUACGAGUUCGUAUCAUACAAAUGGCCCCUUUGGCUUCGCCAGCAAAAAGAAAAAUUUCGCCAGGUAUGGGGAUACAAGAUAUUGUUCUUGGAUGUUCUAUUUCCAAAUCAACUAGAGAAAGUCAUAUUCGUUGAUGCAGAUCAAAUUGCUAGAGCAGAUUUGCAAGAAUUGGUUGACACCGAUCUCAAAGGCAAGGUCUACGGGUUCCCGCCUAUGUGUGAUUCUAGAGAAGAGACUGAAGGCUACAGAUUCUGGAAACAGGGGUACUGGAAGAAUGUGUUGAAAAACGACUUGGUAUACCACAUAAGCGCUUUGUUUGUCGUUGACCUAAAGCAAUUUAGGAUGCACUAUGCUGGAGACAGGCUCAGAACACACUACCAAAAGCUUUCAAGCGACAAAGACUCUCUCGCCAACCUAGACCAAGAUUUGCCCAACAAUAUGCAAAGGCUGAUUCCGAUCCAUACUUUACAUCAGGACUGGCUCUGGUGUGAGACUUGGUGUUCUGACGAGACCAAGGAUCGAGCCAAAAUGAUUGACUUGUGCAGCGAUCCGUUCCGUAAAGAAGGCAAAUUGGAGAGAGUACAGCGUCUGAUUCCAGAGUGGGUCCACUAUGACGCAGAAAUACAACGAUUGCAAAAAAAUGGGCUCGAAAACGGUAGUACUGCAAACGUUCCUCACGACGAACUAUAG